AUGUACACGCCGGAGAUUCUCAAGACAGAGAAUUUGACGCGAUACUGCAUACGUUUGGUCGCCUUCGGCCUCCACAUGCCAGAGUUGCUGGACAGAUACGCGGACAGAGCGGAGGAGUUGGCUGCACAGCUGCAGCCCAACCAGUUUGGGUUGAUUCUGAAUGCCUUUGCUCGGGCAUCUCAUCGGCAUGAGAAGGCCGCCGGUCUGGUGAGGGGUGACAGGGGUCAG